UUUUUCUUUGUUUCGGUUUUCUUUUCCUCACCAUUGAACUUCGAGCUUAUAGUUCAUCAUAGCUGCAGGGCUUGGAUUAUUGAUGGUCGAGGAUUAGCAAAGAAAGUAAGCAGCGCCACAAAAUGUUUGGCUCAUCAAAUUAGAGACAGCGGGGCAAAUCGUGAAUGUCCUAACUGCCACUAUCUUAUUGAUAACAAAGAUGUUUCUCCUGAGUGGCCUGGUCUACCAGCUGGUGUAAAGUUUGAUCCAUCUGAUCAGGAACUCUUAGAACAUUUAGCUGCAAAAUGUGGGGUUGGGAACUCGGAAUCCCACAUGUUUAUAGAGGAGUUUAUCCCAACACUUGAAGGGGAUAAAGGAAUCUACUAUACCCAUCCAGAAAAUCUUCCUGGUGCUAAGAAAGAUGGGAGUAGCAUUUAUUUCUUUCAUAGAACAGUUAAUGCUUAUUCCACAGGGCAGCGGAAGCGUCGCAAGAUCCAUUAUCAAGGUAGUUUGAGUGAGGAGCAAGUCCGCUGGCACAAGACUGGUAAGACCAAACCUGUCAUGGAAAAUGGGGAACAGAAGGGCUGCAAGAAGAUCAUGGUUCUCUAUAAAAGUUCAAAGAAGGGGGCGAAGGCUGAGAAGACUAACUGGGUAAUGUAUCAGUUCCAUCUGGGAAAGGAAGAGGAAGAGAAGGACGAUGAACAUGUGGUUUCGAAGAUUUUCUACCAGCAGCAGAAACAAACUGAAAAGACUGAUGAAAAUAUAAUACGUGAGGACCCUCGAACUAGUCCAAGGACCCCAAAACCUAAUCCUCCUGAUCCACCUACGCCAGGGAAUUCGGUGGUGUAUGACGAUGUCUUUGAUGACAUCAUACUCCAUUCAUCUGCACAGAGAUCAGAGAAUGUUGAAGUAUCUGAAGUAUGUAAGGAUCCUGCACCAACUAUUAAGCAUGAGGAUAGUGAGGGAUAUUCAUUAUGGUUGGCAGGCGAAUCUCAAGCUCUCGAAAACUCCAAUAUCGAUGGCAUAGACGAAACUUUGUUGUGUCAGGAGAUUUUCGAUUCUUCUUCUUUAUCUAAUAAUGCAGGCCUGAAUUACGCUUCAUGCACCGGCACUCCACACAACACAAAUGAGAUGAUAGGAAAUAAUAAUGCAUCCUUCGGGAUUGCUGACCUUGAAAACCUCGAACUGGAUACUCCACCGGAUUUUCUCCUUUCUGAUUUGCAAUUUGGUUCUCAGGACAGUAUAUUCGGAUGGUUGGACCGGUUGUGAAGAUUGAAUCAACCAUGAAUCCUUUCGAAUAAGAACGAUAAAUUCCCAGUUUUGCACCAUCCCACUUGCACUGAAGCUGUGUUACCAAGAUUUUUCUUCAGCAGCGUCAUAAGUAAACUUGAUUGCUUCAAGGGAUAUAUAGGGAGUUUGUUAACUUUCAGUUUUUUAUUAGUUCA